GCAGCCCAUGGACUUCGCGGGCUGAGGGCCGCCGGACCGCCCUGUGAGCGCAGUCGUGGGCCUCUCCGGAGGGGACAGCAGGCGGCAGGAUGGAUGAACAGAAGCCACCCAGUGAGGACAAGGACUCGGAGGCGCCAGCAGCCGAUGGUGCUGCAUCCUCAGAGGAGGUGGCUGGCGCAGAGGGAGACCCCCUGAAGGACAUCGAGGCGUGGCAGGGACCAGGUUGCCGCUCCGUGUCCCCUGCUAAUGUCCCCACAUGCUGCAGUGCCCCGGCCCGCCGCUGCGCCCUCUGCAACUGUGGGGCCUGGAGCCCACAUGGGCAACAGGAGCUGCAGCGCUUUGACCCGCCGCCUGACUGGCCCCUGUGGCCGGCAGCGCCCGAGGCCACUGAGAGCCACCACAAGCCGCCACCAGACGACCCGGCCCCGGUCGGCUUUCCCGAACCAGUGACCCCAUCCCGAUGCCAACUCCCUGCAGGACACUGCUGGGUGCACCGCUGCUGCGCUGCCUGGUCUGCGGACGUGCUGCCAGGUGCCACUGGGCUAACGCAUGUGGACAGAGCUGUUUUCUCAGGGAUCUCGCAGAAAUGUGAACACUGUCAGAGGAUGGGAGCCACCAUCCCGUGCCGUGCGGAUGGGUGUCCCCGGCUCUACCACUUUCCCUGCGCUGCGGCCAGCGGCUGCUUCCAGUCCAUGAAGACCCUGCGGCUUCUGUGCCCAGAGCACGUGGCAGAGGCAGCGCAGACGGGGGACGCGCGGUGCGUGGUGUGCGAUGGGCCAGGCGACCUGCGGGACCUGCUCUUCUGCACCAGCUGUGGGCAGCACUACCAUGGCGCCUGCCUCGACGUCGUGCUGGCGCCCCACAAGCGCGCCGGUUGGCAGUGCCCUGAGUGCAAAGUGUGCCAGACCUGCAGGCUGCCCGGCGAGGACUCCAUGAUGCUGGUGUGCGAGGCUUGUGACAAGGGUUACCACACAUUCUGCAUGGAGCCGGCCAUCGAGACCCUCCCUGCUGCCUCCUGGAAGUGCAAGAACUGCCGGGUUUGCUCUGAGGGCGGCCAGUGCCCGGCCGGGCGGGAGCCCGGCUGCCAGUGCUCCAGGACAGAUUUGGGGGGCCAGGAGCGGUGCUGCAGCCAGGAUGCCCCGGCGGAGCCAGGCCCCCCGCUGGCCCCCACAGACCUGGCAUCGGUGUCCCCUGAGCACAACGAGCCGGCGGACGUGGACGUGCCCGUGGCCGAAGCUGACCCCGCAGAGCCCAGCGGGGAGCCUGCCGAGACCCCCCCGGGCACUGUUAUGGCCCCCCUGGAUGCUGUUGUGGCCCCCUCAAGUGGUGGCGAGGCACCUGCAAAUGGCACUGGGGUGCACUUCGGGGGUGAUGGAGCACCAUUGGACAGCGGCGAGGUGCUCCCCUGUGACAGGAAGACAGCCCUGGACAAGAAUGAGGCCCUCUCGGAUGGAGAGGAAGCAGCCCCAGGCGAUGGGGGGUCGCCCUGUGAGGAGCCGCUCCCGGAAAAGCCGCCCCCCAAUGUGACACCCCCGGAAAAGCUGCCACCUGAUGAGAUCCCCUCCAAUGAACCCCUUCCUGAUGAGCCACCCCCUGACAAACCUCACUUCGAUGAGACACCCCCUGACAAACCCCACCUUGAUGAGACACCCCCUGAAGACCCCCCCCUCGAUGAGCUACCCCCCAUUGAACUGUCCCCCAUGGAACUGACCCCCGUGGAGGACCCUGAGCCACCCCCUGAGGAGGACCCCAAGCCCUUUUCCGCCUGUCUCCUUCCAGAGGUGGAUGUGGUGGAGGAGGCACCGGCCCUGGCCCUCGAGGUGCCUCCUGAGCUGCCCCCCGAGGAGGCCAUGGAGCUGGAGCCGCUGCUGCCCCCUGAGGUGGCUCUGCCGCCCCCAGCACCUCCAGAUCUCCGCGCUGUCUCGCCUGCCCACCCCCCGGCUCCUUCACCCAGUGCCGCUGAGGACGAGGUGCCCAACGCGCCCGCCCCGGCCCUGCCUGAGCCCCCCGGUACCGCCAUGGACACGGAGCCGCCCAGCUCCCCACCACCCCCGCUGGGCUCCCCCGCCUGUGCCCCAGCCCCUGUCGAGCCCCCUGAGGGUGAGGACAUGGAGAUGGGUGGUGGCGGGGAGGGGUCCCCCUGCAACCCCGCCAUGGACGCCCCCUGCGCCAGUCCGGCCCCAGAGCUGGGGCUCUUCCCGGCAUUGCCUGAGGAGGAGGAGGAAGAAGAAGAGGCGCCAAGGCUAGAGCGUGAGGGCACCAGUGGCAGCUCCCCACUGCUGAGCGAGGAGGACGGGCUGGAGGAAGGGCAGCCCAGCGGCGACCCCAAAGGCUCCCCCGAGCCGCUGGAGCGGGAGGAGGCACGUCCUGGGAUGCCCAUGGACCUGAAGCUGCCGCCGCCGUGCGUGGACAAUGCAGCACCCGAGCCUCCCACCCUGCGCCCGCGGCCCGACAUCCUGCACGAGCUCUCCAACCUGAGCCAGGGUGACACGAGCAGCAGCUUCCCCGGCUCGGAGGCGCUGCUGGGCUCGCCGGACGGUGAGGCAGGGGGGUCGCCCUGCCUCGAGCUGGCCCCUGCCGAGGGCAGCCCUCGCAAGGAGGACGGCACUGCGAUACCACUCGGCGCCGAGACCGACGACUCGCUGCCCUUCGAGCCGGCGGCGCCCAAAGGCGAUGGGGACAAGAGCCGGCGCCGCAGCUCGCCGGGGCGGUCCCGCGUCAAGCAGGGUCGCAGCAGCAGCUUCCCUGGGCGGAGGCGCCCCCGAGGUGGGUCCCACGGGGGCCGGGGCCGGGGCCGUGCGCGCCUGAAGUCGACCACCUCGUCCGUUGACACCCUACUUGCCGAUGUGGAGAGCUCGCCCAGCAAGGAGGAGGACGAGGAUGACGACGACACCAUGCAGAACACGGUGGUCCUCUUCUCCAACACGGACAAGUUUGUGCUCAUGCAGGACAUGUGCGUGGUGUGUGGCAGCUUCGGGCGCGGCGCCGAGGGGCACCUCCUGGCCUGCUCCCAGUGUUCCCAGUGCUACCACCCCUACUGUGUCAACAGCAAGAUCACCAAGGUGAUGCUGCUGAAGGGCUGGCGCUGCGUGGAGUGCAUCGUGUGCGAGGUGUGCGGCAAGGCGUCCGACCCAUCACGCUUGCUGCUCUGCGAUGACUGCGAUAUCAGCUAUCACACGUACUGCCUGGACCCGCCGCUGCAGACUGUGCCCAAGGGCGGCUGGAAGUGCAAGUGGUGUGUGUGCUGCGUGCAGUGCGGCGCCGCGUCGCCCGGCUUCCACUGCGAGUGGCAGAACAACUACACGCACUGCGCGCCUUGCGCCAGCCUCGUCGUGUGCCCUGUGUGCCGUGAGAAGUAUGUGGAGGACGACCUGCUUAUCCAGUGCCGGCACUGCGAGCGGUGGCUGCACGCGGCGUGCGACAGCCUGUUCACAGAGGAGGAGGUGGAACAGGCGGCGGAUGAAGGCUUCGACUGUAGCGCCUGCCAGCCCUACGUGGUGAAGCCGGCCGUGCCGGCGCCUCCUCUGGAGAUCGGCUCCGUGAAAAUCAAGGAGCCAGAGCCCCAGUACUUCCGCUUCGAGGGUGUGUGGCUGACAGAGACGGGCAUGGCCGUGCUCCGCAACCUCUCCAUGUCACCGCUGCACAAGCGGCGGCAACGCAAGGCCGCGCGCCCUGGCACCCUCAAUGGUGACAGUGUCCUGGAGGGCAGCGAUGCGCUGGGCCCGGACGACAAGAAGGACGGAGACCUGGACGCUGAGGACCUGCUGAAGGCUGAAGUGGGUGUCGAGCACAUGGAGUGUGAGAUCAAGCUGGAGGCUUCGGCCAGUCCUGAGCGCGACGGCAGCGCCGACGCCGACUUGGGCAAGGGGCUGGAGGAUCCGGAGGAGAGCAAGAAGAGGAAGCGCAAGCCGUACCGCCCCGGCAUCGGUGGCUUCAUGGUGCGGCAGCGCAAGUCCCACACCCGCCUCAAGAAGGUCUCGGCCUCACUGCCCGAAGUGGGGCGCGAGGGGCUGAGUACCGAGGGGCACCCGGAGGACGGGCCUCCGGCGGGGGAUGUCCCAGCGGAGGGUGGCCUGGAUCCAGCCUCGGGAGAAGGGGACGAGAAGAAGAAGCGUCGGGGACGGAAGAAGAGCAAGUUGGAGGACAUGUUCCCUCCCUACCUCCAGGAGGCGUUUUUCGGGAAGGCGCUCAUGGACCUGAGCCGGAAGGCACUGCUGGCGGCCGGCGGCGUUGGGGACGGGGCUGCCCGGCCCUGCCUGGGCCAGGGCGCCCCGCGGCCCAAAGGGGACCCCAGCGUGGCCGGGGCGCUGCCAGGGGGGCCCUUGGAGAGGAGGGAGACCCCCACACACCCCCGGGGGGACGACAGCACCGACGGCAGUGCCGCAGCCCCUGAUGAUGACGGCAAGGAUGAGGCGAAGGCCGAGGACCUGGGGACUGAAGAUCCGAAGGAUUCUCCAGACCCCGGGGACACUGAGAAACCAGCAACUCCCGGCGAGGGUGCCCUCAGCUCCGACCUGGACAAGAUCCCUACGGAAGAGCUGCCCAAAAUGGAGAGCAAAGACGUCCAGCAGCUCUUCAAGGAUGUGCUGGGCUCCGCGGAGCGCGGGGAGCAGCCCCUGAACUGCGUGGCUGCAGGCAUGGAGGCCGGCGUCGGAGGGCAGGACCCCAGCCGGGCACCGCUCUCCCAGCGGCCCUUCCUGCAAGGAGACCUCCAGCUGCCGGGACAGGGUGGCAUUUCGCUGGGCUCGCUCUCUGGCUCUGUCUCUCUGGAUUCGUAUCCUGGUGUCUGUCAAUCGCCGUUCCUUGAUAACAGGGAGCGGAGCGGCUUCUUCAGCCCGGAGCACUGUGAGCCUGAAAGCCCCUGGGCCAGCAGCUCGGCCGCCACCACCCCCUCGACGCCCACAACACCCACCACGGAGGGUGAGGGCGACGGCCUGUCCUACAACCAGCGCAGCCUGCAGCGCUGGGAGAAGGAUGAGGAGCUGGGCGAGCUCUCCACCAUCUCGCCUGUGCUCUAUGCCAACAUGAACUUCCCCAAUCUCAAGCAAGAUUAUCCAGACUGGUCGAGCCGCUGCAAACAGAUCAUGAAGCUCUGGAGGAAGGUCCCUGCCACAGACAAAGCCCCCUAUUUGCAAAAGGCCAAAGAUAACCGGGCAGCCCAUCGUAUCAACAAGGUGCAGAAGCAGGCCGAGAGCCAGAUCAACAAGCAGACCAAAGGGGAGGGACUGCGCAAGCCCGAGAGGCCCUCGCUGCACCUGCGCAUCCCGGUGCCGCCGGGGGCCCAGCCCGUCUACAUGGGCAGCCCGCCGGGCGUGGGCGAGGGCUUCCUGAAGCCGCCAGCGGGCACUGGAGCAGGGCCAGAGUCUCCCAGCGAGCUCUUCCUCAAGCUGCCGCCCCAGUCUCCUGCCCAAGUGCCUUCGCACGAUCCCUACGGCGCCGCGGGUUCCUACGCGCCGGAGCCGCGCUUCCCCUCACCCUUGGGCCAGAGCCCCACGGUGGGCGCUGCCUUUCAGCCCUUCCCAGGGCAGCCCCUGGCUGGAGCUCGCACCCAGCCCCCCGAUUUCCACCCCACGCCGCCGGGCACCCCCCGGCACCAAUCUGGCACCCCCGACCCCUUCCUCAAGCCCCGCUGCCCUUCCUUGGACAACCUGUCGGGGCCGGGGAGCCCCGGGGCCCGGCCCCCCGAGGCCCUGCUCUCGCCCCUACCCUUCAGCGAGCAGAAGAAGGGCCUUGAAGUGAAGAAGGAGGACGGGGGGGCCUUGGGGGUCUGCUCGCCUGGCUAUGUCCCUGCUACGGGCUACAGCGACUCCCCGGGCUGCACCCACAUCCCCAGCACGGAGCUCAAGGUGGCCGACGUCUUCAAAGCCCCCCUGACCCCACGGGUAUCUCAGGUAGAGCCGCAGAGCCCGGGGCUGGGACACCGGCCCCCUGAUGCCCACCCACUGGCCCCGUCACCCCCCGGGCACGCCGACCUGUUCCGCCAGUCGCCCUACUCGGACCCGUACGCGCAGCCGCCGCUGACGCCGCGGCCGCAGCCCCCCGAGGGCUGCUGCACCGCUCCGCCCCGCUCGCUGCCCUCCGAGCCCUUCUCCCGCAUCCCCGCCAGCCCCCAAUCACAAUCGAGCUCCCAGUCGCCCCUCACGCCCCGGCCUCUCUCCAAUGAGGCUUUUUGCCAGUCGCCCGUCACCCCUCGCUUCCAGUCCCCCGACCCUUAUUCCCAGCCGCCCUCGCGGCCCCAGUCCCGGGACCCCUUCACCCCUUUGCACAAGCCCCCCCGGGCGCAACUGCCUGCGGCGCCGCUGUCGCACAGCCCAGCGGGCAGCGGGGGCUUCGGGGGUGCUGCGACGGGCGAGCCCCCGGCCAAGGCACCAGGCGUGCCGCAGCAGCCGCCCUUUGCCCGCUCGCCCGGCGCCGGCAUCUUCACCACCGGGCAACCCCCCAUGCGCUUCACUUUCCCCCCGGCUGUCUCUGAGCCGCUCAAAGGCUCCCCGUCCCACCAGCUGCACGGGCUCAACAGCCAUUACGUCCCCAGCAAACCCCAGAGCGCGGGGUACACCUCGUCCCCCAGUUUCCACCAGGCAGGCAGCCCAUUGGGGCCAGGCGCGGGCGCUGCCGAGACCUACAGCCUCUCGCCCCUGCGGCCACCCUCGGUGCUGCCACAGGCGUCGCCGAGUGCCCCGCAGCCGCAGGAUGCCUCGGUCGCCUACGUGCCCCGAGCUGCGGUGCUGACGACGCCGGCCGACAAGCGGGAGGUGGCGGCGACCACCGCACUGUCGGCACCGCUGAACCGCGACCUAGGCGAGCUGCCAAGCGCACAGGAUGGAGCCCUGGGCGCCAUGAGCCAGUCGGAGCUGGAGAAGCAGAGGCAGCGCCAGCGGCUGCGUGAGCUGCUCAUCCGCCAGCAGAUCCAGCGCAACAGCCUGCGGCAGGAGAAGGAGAGCGCCGCUGCAGCAGCGGGACCAGCAGGCUGGGUGCCCGAGCCCAGCGGUCAGGCUUUCGGCAUGGCGCCCUACCAGCCGGCACAGGACAAGAGCCUCCUGGGGCCGCUGGCUGGCACCGCCAAGCUGCCCGUCCCGGUGCAGGCAGCGUUCACGCAGGAUGAGCGGAUCGCGCGGCCCCCGCCGGCCACCACACCGGCCGCCCUGGACAUCAACAGCAGCCCGCUGGGUGCCCCCUUCAUCGAGCUGCGGCACAAUGUGCAGAAGGGACCUGGCAACGUUGUGGGCUCCCCCUUUGUCCCCCAGCCGCCCCGGCCCCGUUUUUUCCUGCCAGGUGACGAGGGAGCCCCGCAGGGCAUCUGCGCCCCAGUGAUGCCCGUACAGGCUCUUUCCACGCCGACGCUGCAGCCCCCCAAAAUGUCGAUGGUGCUGCCGCCCGCCUCCCCGCAAGGCGCCAAGAUGGGCAACAGCCAUCAGCAGCCGCUGGCUAAGGCUACCGUCCCCACGCCUGGCCUGGAGCUGCAGCACGUGGCUCCGCGCCCGCUGCCCCCCAGCGCCCCCCUCCGCCCCGAGGGCCCCAAGGACAGUCCCGCACCAGAGCCCGUGCCGGCUCCUGCCCCGGGCAAGAGCCAUUUGAGCCUAGAAGGGGGGCGGCUGCCCUGCGAGGUGGCUGUGGAGCCUGACUUGGACGAUGACUUCGGCUCCCAUAAGGACCUGGAAGACGAUGAUUUGGCCAACCUGAGCCUGGACCCAGAUGUGGCGAAAGGGGACGAUGACCUGGACAACCUGGACAGUCUGGAGACGGCGGAUCCCCACCUUGAUGACUUGCUGAAUGGAGAUGAGUUCGACCUGCUGGCCUACACUGACCCCGAGCUGGACACGGGUGACAAGAAGGACAUCUUCAAUGAGCACCUGCGCCUCGUCGAGUCGGCCAACGAGAAGGCCGAGCGCGAAGCCCAGCUCAAGACGGAGCCCCCAGUGCCCACCUCGAAGCUCCCAGAGACUGGGGACAGUAAGGAUGCAGCCACAGAGGCCCGGGAAGCAGGCGCACUGCCCACCGACGUCAAACCCAAGCUGGAGGAUGGCUGCCUGAAGACAUCGCCGUGCCAGUUCACCGGCCCCGAGCGCCUCUCCAUGCCCGUCAAGUCGGAGGCCCUGCAGGGCCCGGAUAAAAUCUCUGUCUCCCUCGAACUGACGCUGAAAUCGGGCCAGAGCCUCCUGAACCCUGGGGCUGGCCCGGCUCGCUUGGGCUUGACUCACUUCCCGAGCAGUGGCCACGCGGGGGUCCCGGUGCUGGACAAGGACCCCUACUCUGGCCCUGGCCGCGUGCUGGCCCCACUAGGCAACCAGGGCAGCCCCUUGCUGGAGAAAUUCGAGCUGGAUGGAGGUGCCCUGGGCUUGGGCAGUGCCCGACACUCACCAGCCGAUGAUCUGGACAAGAUGGAGAGCUCGCUGGUGGCCAGCGAGCUGCCCCUGCUCAUCGAGGACCUGCUGGAGCAUGAGAAGAAGGAGCUGCAGAAAAAGCAGCAGAUGUCGGUGCAGCUGCCCCGUGGCGCCCCGCAGCACCUCCCAGCCGCAGGCCACCCGCUGCUGCACCCUGGGGCGCCGGGGCAGCCCCCCGAGGGGCAGGGCCCCCGCCUGGGCACCCCGCAGCCAACCUUGCAGCUGGGACUCAUGGCCCGACAGCAGCUCCUGCAGCCGCAGCAGUCGCGGCUCGGGGGGCCGCAGCAGGGCCUACCCCUGGCCGGGCACAUGGGCAUGGCCCCGGCGCAGCCCCAUGUGCUGGCAGCCCCCCACGGUGUGCAGGUGGCCCUGCCACCGCAACAGGGCCAGCAGCCUGUGCUCAUGCAGAAGCCAAUGGGUGCCGGGCAGCCACCUGGCCUGGGGCUGAAGCCGCCGCAGCUCGUCAUGCAGCAGCAACUCGCCAACAGCUUCUUCCCCGACACAGAUCUGGAUAAAUUUGCUGCCGAGGACAUCAUGGACCCCAUCGCCAAGGCAAAGAUGGUAGCACUGAAGGGCAUCAAGAAGGUGAUGGCUCAGGGCAGCAUUGGGGUGGCUCCAGGAAUGAACAGGCAACAGGUUUCCCUGCUGGCCCAGCGGCUCUCGGGAGCGCCGGCAGUCUCAGAGAUGCAGAACCACAUGGUGGCAGGAGGCGGGCAGGAGCGGAGCGGCACGGACUCGACCCAGGCUCGCCCCAACCCGCCCGCCUUCGCGCAGGGUGUCAUCAACGAGGCUGACCAGCGGCAGUAUGAGGAGUGGCUCUUCCACACGCAGCAGCUGCUGCAGAUGCAGCUCAAGGUGCUGGAGGAGCAGAUCGGGGCGCACCGCAAGUCGCGCAAAGCCCUGUGUGCCAAGCAGCGCACAGCCAAGAAGGCUGGCCGCGAGUUCCCUGAGGCCGAUGCUGAGAAGCUCAAGCUGGUGACGGAGCAGCAGAGCAAAAUCCAGAAGCAGCUGGAUCAGGUGCGGAAGCAGCAGAAGGAGCACACGAACCUCAUGGCCGAGUACCGCAACAAGCAGCAGCAGCAGCAUCAGCAGCAGCACCAAGGGUCGGCCGUCAUGGCCCUGAGCCCCUCGCAGAGCCCCCGCCUCAUGUCUAAACUUCCCGGGCAGCUGCUCUCGGCGCACGGCGUCCAGCAGCCGCUCUCACAGCCUGCAGCAGCUGCACAGGGCCUGGGCCAACAGUCAGGGCAGCCCGGGGGCCUGCGCCUGCCCCAGGGUGGCGUGUCCAUGGCUGUGCCACAGGGCCUGUCCUUCAUGGGCCAGCAGGCCGUGGGCAGCGCCCCAGUGCCCGGAACAUCCAGCACUUUCUUCCCCGGGAACCCCGCGCUCCGUGGGUUGGCUGCUGACAACCGCUUGAUGCAGGAGAGACAGCUUCAGAGGAUGCAGUUGGCCCAGAAGCUGCAGCAGCAGCAGCAGCAGAACAUGCUGGGGCAGGUGUCCUUGCAGCAGCAGCAGCAGCCACCGGGCAUCAUGGGACAGACAUCAAUGCAACAACCGGGCAUCAUGGGACAGGCAUCGAUGCAACAACCAGGUGUUAUGGGACAGGUGUCAAUGCAGCAGACGGGUGUUAUGGGACAGAUGUCAAUUCAACAGCCGAGCAUGGCGGGACAGGCAUCGAUGCAGCAAACGGGUGUUUUGGGCCAAGUGUCAAUGCAACAAUCAGGCAUCAUGGGACAGGCAUCAAUGCAGCAACCAGGCGUCUUGGGACAGGUGUCAAUGCAACAACCAGGCGUUAUGGGUCAGACAAUGCAGCAACCAGGCGUUAUGGGACAGACGUCAAUGCAGCCACCAGGUGUUAUGGGACAGACAUCCAUGCAGCAGACAAGUGUCAUGGGACAAGUGUCAAUGCAGCAACCAGGUGCUGUGGGACAGGCAUCGAUGCAGCCACAGGGCAUCAUGGCGCAGGCGUCACUGCAGCAGUCGGGUGUCAUGGGACAAACAGCUCUGCAGCAACCAGGCAUCCUGCCGCAGCCCUCGCUGCAGCCGCAGGGCCUUAUGGCACAGCCAGCGAUGCAGCCAGCAGGCAGCCUGGCGCAGCCACCGCUGCCGCAGCAACCCCCCAUGCAGCAACCCGGCCUGGGGGUGCAGCAGGUGGCAGCCCCCCCGGCGCAGGGGGCCAUCGGGCAGCCUGUGGGCCCAAAGCAGCCGGCGCUGCCGCAGAGCCUGCUGGUGCAGCAGCUCUCUCCACAGCCACCGGCCUUGCUGGGCCACGCGCAGACCCCAGCACUGCAGCACCCCAGCGGCCUGGGCUCUGGGGCCCCGCAGCGCCCGCUGCUGCUGACCCCCCAGCAACAGCAGCAGCAGCAGCGGGUGCUGGGCUCACCCCAGCUGGCACCGCAGUCGCCUGCGAUGCUGGGGCACCGGCUGGUGUUGGGGCAGCCGCUGCACCCACCGCAAGCCCCGCUGCAGCACUUUGCGCAGCCCCGGGUGCCCGGCCAGGCCCCCUCUGGGCUGCAGCUGGCACAGGGGAUGCAGCCGCUUGCAGCAGGCAAGGAGCAGCCGAUGGACGGGCCGCCUGCCGAGGGCACCGAGGGCCCCCCAGAGCCACAGGGAGCCCCGGGGCUGGGUGCUGCGGAGUCCCCGGCUGUACUGGGGCUCCCGACGGCCCCUAAGCACCCAACUGAGCUGGGGCAGGGCCAGCAGCUGCUGUUGGCCUCGCCACAACCAGGCAGCCUGGGCACCUCCGCUCGGCUGCUCCACCAGCCGCUGCCGAGCCCUGGUGCGGCCAGGCCAGAGCUGCCGCAGUCGCACGGGGACGUUGCCGGCUCCGCUCUCGUGACGGAGCUGCCACCUGCGCCGCAGCCCCCCAGCCCCGAGCAGCCGGGCAAGGGGCUACCGGGCAGCGGAGCGCUGCCGCCGCCGCGGCUCCAGAGCCCCGGGCAGCAAAAAGCAGGGCCGGCACCGCAGCCUGCGCCGACACUCCCGCCGAGCAUCCUGGGGCCGGUGCCAGCACCGGUGAUGGGCCAGAUCCGGGCACAGCUGCAGGGCGUCCUGGCUAAGAACCCUCAACUGCGGCACCUCACACCGCAGCAGCAGCAGCAGCUGCAGGCCCUCCUGGUGCAACGGCACCAACAGAGCCUCCUGCAGCAGAACCAGGCGCUGCGGCAGUCUGGGCCCUUCCCCGGGACGGUGCCAGAGCAGGGGCUCCCGCCAGGACGCCAGCCCUCCCGGCCACAGUUCCCGGUGCGGCCGCCAGUCCUGACAGAGGCGCCAACCGGAUUCGCCGCUGAUCCGGGGACUGGCGGGCGGUCGCAGCCAGGACAGCAGCCUCUGGCCGAGCUGGUGCAGGCGGCACUGGCCACUCGUGGCCCCCAGCCCGGCUUCGUGCGGCUCUCAACGCCGCCAGCCCUGUCACCCCUGGACUCCCAGCCCAGCCCUGAGCAGAGCCCCCACGAGCCAAAGACGCCGACGCCAACCACCACGGGGGGCUUGGCCCCCAGCCCCGUCGCCCCCCUGGAGCUGCCCCAGAGCCCCUGGGGCUCGGAGCCACCGGCGCUUGAUGACGACGUGGCUGAAACCUCUGUCAACGGGCAGGGGGUGGAGGGGACCCCUGAUGAGUGCCCACAGCUCCCCGUCAAGCAGGAGCCCAGGGAGGAGACGGCCUUGCCAGCUGCUGCACGCGAGCCAGAGCCUCAGGAGCCAGUGAAGCCAGAGGCCAACGGGGAUGCGGUGGGGGGCGCCCUGGCUGGCAGCCCCCCAGGCCUCGGUGGCCGCUCCGAGGCUGGGCACCUGCUGCUGCAGAAGCUGCUGCGCGCCAAGAACGUGCAGCUGGCGGCACAGAGUCCCGGCGAGCUCAACGGGCAUGCGGAGAGCCGGGGCACUGCACAGCAGCCCCCUGCGCUGCCGGGCCGCGAGGAUCCCUCCCUGGCUAAGAAACCGGUAGCCGCCAAGCCCAAGCGUGUGCAGAAGGGCAGCGAACGGGUCCCGGUGUCGCGCAAGAAGCUGCGCAAGGACGAUGGACUCAGGUCCGGCGAGGCCCUGAUGAGGCAGCUCAAACAGGAGCUGUCAUUGCUGCCGCUCACGGAGCCGACCAUCACAGCCAACUUCAGCCUCUUCGCGCCCUUUGGCAGCAGCGCCCUCAAUGGCAAGAGCCAACUGCGCGGCGCCUUCGGCAGUGCGGUGCUCGACAGCGUGCCAGACUACUACUCACAGCUGCUCACCAAGAACAACCUCAGCAACCCACCCACGCCACCCUCAUCGCUGCCCCCGACGCCGCCACCAUCCGUGCAGCAGAAGCUGGUGAACGGCGUCACGGCUGCAGAGGAACUGGCCGAGCAGCCCAAGGAGGCCGAGCCGGACCGUGAGCCCCACGGCCACAAAGAUGCUCCGGCCGUGGAAGUGAAGAGCCUGGACCUGCUGGCAGCCCUGCCCACCCCUCCGCACAACCAGACCGAGGACGUCAGGAUGGAGAGCGACGAUGAGAGCGACUCUCCUGACAGCAUUGUGCCGGCCUCAUCGCCCGAAAGUGUCCUGGGCGAGGAGCUGCUGCGCUUCCCGCUGCUCAGUGAGGCCAAGCCGGAGCUAGAGGAGCGAGUGCUCUCGCCCAUCAUCCCCAUCAUUCCGCGUGCCAGCAUCCCAGUGUUCCCUGAGAUGAAGCCCUACGAGUCGGCGGAGCCCUUCGGAGCACCUGCUGGGAAGGCGGGCCCGGUGGGCCCAGGUGCUCCAUGGGAAAAGGCCAAGGGCAGCGAGGUCUCCGUCAUGCUGACGGUGUCGGCUGCAGCCGCCAAGAACCUCAACGGGGUCAUGGUGGCCAUGGCCGAGCUGCUGAGCAUGAAGAUCCCCAGCUCCUAUGAGGUGCUGUUUCCAGACAGCCCCAUGCGAGGGGCUGUGGUGGAAGCCAAGAAGGUGGAGACAGACGUGACUGGUGACAAGGAGAAGGCAGCGCUGGCUGGGAAGGGGCCAGACAGCAGCUCCGAGUGGCUGAAACAGUUUGAUGCGGUGCUACCAGGCUACAGCCUCAAGGGCGAGCUGGACCUCCUGACGCUGCUCAAACAGGAGACUCCCGCACCUGACAAGACCCUGCACCACUGCUACGUCCACAAUGUCUCCAACCUGGAUGUGCGGCAGCUCUCGGCCAUGCCCCAGGAGCCCUCGCCCCCGCUGUCCCCCUCCGUUCCCUCCCCGGCCAGCCCCGUCGAGGCUGCCCGCGUCCCCGACCCUGAGGCCGCCCAUAAGGCCGCCCCGGCGUCCCCGGCGCCGCCGGCCCCGUCGCCGCGGGACGUUGGUGCCGCGGCUGCCCCAUCACCGCCCCGUUUCAAGCCACGCUCGCGGCCCCCGGAAGAUGGGGACGAUGCGCGGCCACGGCUGAAGAAGUGGAAGGGAGUGCGGUGGAAACGGCUCCGCUUCCUCGUUACCAUCCAGAAGGGGGGGGCCAAGCGGGAUGGUGACAAGGAGAUCGCGGAGUUCAUUGAAAAGCUGGGCACCACGCUGCGCCCCGAGAAGGUGCCACAGGACCUGCGCAAGUGCUGCUUCUGCCACGAGGAGGGCGACGGGGCCACAGAUGGCCCAGCCCGGCUGCUCAACCUCGACCUGGACCUCUGGGUCCACCUGAACUGUGCCCUGUGGUCUACGGAGGUGUACGAGACACAGGGGGGGGCACUUAUCAACGUGGAGGUGGCCCUGCACCGCGGGCUGCUCACUAAGUGCUCGCUCUGCCAGAAAACGGGCGCCACCAACAGCUGCAACCGCAUCCGCUGCCCCAGUGUCUACCACUUUGCCUGCGCCAUCCGCGCCAAGUGCAUGUUCUUCAAGGACAAGACAAUGCUGUGCCCCCUGCACAAACUCAAGGGCCCCUGCGAGCAGGAGCUGAGCAGCUUCACGGUCUUCCGGCGCGUCUACAUCGAGCGGGACGAGGUGAAGCAGAUCGCCAGCAUCAUCCAGCGCGGUGAGCGGCUCCACAUGUUCCGCGUAGGCGGGCUGGUCUUCCACGCCAUCGGGCAGCUCCUGCCGCACCAGAUGGCCGAUUUCCACAGCGUCACGGCGCUCUACCCCGUGGGCUACGAGGCCACACGCAUCUACUGGAGCCUGCGGACCAACAACCGCCGCUGCUGCUACCGCUGCACUAUCUGUGAGAACAACGGGCGCCCCGAGUUUGUGGUGCAAGUCAUCGAGCAGGGCCUGGAAGACCUGAUCUUCUCUGACUCCUCGCCACAGGCUGUCUGGAACCGGAUCAUCGAGCCGGUGGCGAUGAUGAGGAAGGAAGCUGACAUGCUGCGGCUCUUCCCUGAGUACUUGAAGGGCGAGGAGCUCUUCGGCCUCACAGUGCACGCGGUGCUGCGCAUCGCCGAGUCGCUGCCCGGUGUUGAGAGCUGCCAGAACUACCUGUUCCGCUAUGGGCGGCACCCACUCAUGGAGCUGCCGCUCAUGAUCAACCCCACGGGCUGCGCCCGCUCCGAGCCCAAGAUCCUCACCCACUACAAGCGCCCCCACACCCUCAACAGCACAAGCAUGUCCAAGGCCUACCAGAGCACCUUCACCGGCGAGACCAACACGCCCUACAGCAAGCAGUUUGUGCACUCCAAGUCCUCGCAGUACCGGCGCCUGAAGACGGAGUGGAAAAACAACGUGUACCUGGCACGCUCCCGCAUCCAGGGCCUGGGGCUCUAUGCAGCCAAGGACAUCGAGAAGCACACCAUGGUCAUCGAGUACAUCGGCACCAUCAUCCGCAAUGAGGUGGCCAACCGGCGGGAGAAGAUCUACGAGGAGCAGAACCGGGGGAUCUACAUGUUCCGCAUCAACAACGAGCACGUCAUUGAUGCCACGCUGACGGGUGGCCCGGCCAGGUACAUUAAUCACUCCUGUGCCCCCAACUGCGUGGCCGAAGUUGUGACCUUUGACAAAGAGGACAAGAUCAUCAUCAUCUCCAGCCGGCGCAUCCCCAAGGGCGAGGAGCUCACCUACGACUACCAGUUCGACUUCGAGGACGAUCAGCACAAGAUCCCCUGCCACUGCGGAGCCUGGAACUGCCGGAAGUGGAUGAACUAGCUGGG